AUGGCUGUUCCGUCGAAUCACGUUCUUUUCUUCGGGGACCACAUGUCAGACAAGGUGUCAACAAUAAAAAACAUCGUCCGUAUUUCCAAACAUAAUUCUGCUCUCCGGCGAUUCCUAGACGAAGCCAAUGAUACUCUUCAGUUGGAAUUCUCUCGUUUAUCUCGUCUGGAGCACGGAUGGGACAAGAAAUUUGAUUCUCUGAUUGAGCUGGCCGAGGCGAACGCCAGCGCUGACAAGCUCGCGGGCGGGCAGAACGGUGUUUUGACCUGCGCACUUUGCUGCAUUGGCAGACUUGGAGAACUGGUUGUCCAGGCUGACUGGGAUCCAUCAAUUCUCGGAACAGCUUCUUGCUCCCAGGCGCCGGUUGAAGUUGUCGGUCUAUGUAUGGGCCAGCUUCCUGCCGCAGUCGCGGUCGCAGCAAGAGACACAUCACAAAUUUUCACACUCGCGAGAGAAAUACUCAGAAUAACGAUCCGUAUGUCGUACAGCAUCUGGCAACGCAUGAGACUCAUCGACGCAUCGCCUGGUAGCUGGUCACAAACAUUCCUCAAUGUACCGACAGAAAGCGUCACACAAAUCCUCGACCAGUUCCACGAGCAAUGCAAAGUUCCGACAGUUCGGCGCAUUGCCGUUGGGGUUACGUCCAAAGGUUUUGUUACCCUCUUUGGGCCGCCCACCACACUUGCGAAACUGCAGACCUGGCCAGGCGCGGAAGAGUUAAGAAACGCAAGACAGGCCCAAACCGAAGCGGGCGGCUGUGUGCACACGCCAUACCUACCCCGACUCGACAUAGAUGAAAUCUUAAGCGAAUGCAGCAAAGAAUUACUAGAGUGGCCUCUGGACACCAAAAACAAGUCACGCAUGGCCAACACCGACAGUUUCACCUGCUAUGAUCAUUCGACUCUGGGUGAACUUCUGUCAAAGGUUAUCGAAGAUAUUGCUCACAAUGUCUUACGCCUUGACGGCACUCUUGAGAGCUGUGCGUCCCGUCUCAAAGCCGACGGCAACACUGAAAACAUCAAGGUGGUUGUGAUGGGUCAGAACGUACAUGUUCCAGCCUUGACUGCAGCACUUAACAAUGCCGCUAUCAGCCACAAGGUCGUGACGAGUACCUCUCCAUCCUCAAACAUACCACCGGCAGUUCCAGAUAACGAGCAAUGCGGCACGGUUCAGUCGAAUCGGGGACAGUCGGGGCUCAUUGCCAUCAUCGGCAUGUCAGGUCGCUUCCCCGAUAACGACACUAUCCAAGGAUUCUGGGACGAUCUUCUGGAUGGGAAGACACAUAUCCGCGAAGUACCACCCAAUCGUUUUGAUGUCAAAAGCUGGCAUGAUCCAACACUCGAAACAAAGAAUAGCACGACGGCGACCAAGGGUGCAUGGCUUGCGAACCCUGGUCUUUUUGAUCACAGACUCUUUAAUAUUUCUCCUCGCGAGGCUGCUCAAAUCGAUCCAAUUCAUCGUUAUUUCAUGACCUGCAGCUACGAGGCUCUGCAGCAUGCGGGAUAUAAUCCUGGUGCCAGUUUGAGCAUGGACGGGUCCAACGUCAGCACUUUCUUUGGACAAUUGGGCGAAGAUUGGCACGAUGUUAUCCACGAGCAGGGCGCAGACAUUUACUAUGUCCCUGGCAUAGCGCGGACAUUUGCGCCAAGCAGAAUUAAUUACCAUUUCAAGUUAGGAGGAGGGUCGUAUGCUGUCGACUCAGCUUGUGCCUCUAGUAUCACGACAAUUGUCCUAGCGUGCCAGGCUCUUGCCUCACGGGCAUGCGACAUGGCCCUUGCAGGCGGUGGCAGCAUGAUGUAUACGCCGGUGCCGUUCUCAGGCCUCAGUCGAUCUGGCAUGAUUUCAUCGACUGACGGGUGUCGGACUUUCCACGAUGACGCAGACGGGUAUGCCCGCGGAGAAGGUGUGGGCGUGGUUGUACUCAAACGGCUCGAGGAUGCAUUGUCGGACAACGACAACAUACUCGGCGUGAUCCGUGGCUCGGCGCGCACCUAUAGCACAACCACUACAUCCAUCACCCACCCCAGCCACGAGUCCCAAGAGCGCGUGUACAAGCGCGUACUGGCGCAAUCAGGCCUUGAUCCCUCAGAAAUUGCCUAUGUCGAGAUGCAUGGCACAGGUACCCAGGCAGGAGACUUCGAAGAGAUGACUUCGGUCAUCAACAUCAUGGCUCCCCCCGGCUCAAGAUCGCGGACGAAUCCGCUGACCGUUGGCACCGUAAAGGCUGCCGUGGGCCACGGCGAAGCAGCUGCCGGCGUAACCGCACUCAUUAAGGUUUUGCUUAUGAUGCGGGACAAGGUCAUUCCCGGUCAGCCAGGAUGGCCUUUCAAGAUCAACCACCGCUUCCCGCCCCUUGGUCCUCUGAAUUUGCGGAUCGCCACCCAACACUACCCGCUGAAGCCCAGUCCUAAGGGGGACAAGAAAAUCAAGAUCAUGCUCAACAGCUUCGACGCAAGUGGAGGCGAGUCAUGUCUGGCCAUUGAGGAGCCACCGAGUGUCGGUGGUGAAGGAACACGCGCGAAUGACCCUCGGACUGUCCAUAUCGUGACACUGUCCGGACGGACCAGCGCUUCUCUCGCCGGGAAUCACCAACGCCUGCUUGACUGGCUAGAACUGCAUCCAAAUGUCAAGCUUGAGGACGUGGCUUAUACCACAACGGCAAGGAGGAUGCACGAGCCUCUGAGGGCGGCUUACGUGUCCAAAUCCAUCAGUGAGCUGGUACAGCAGCUUCAUGAUGCCAGCAUCAAAGGCGAGUAUCCCAAGGCCAAGGCCAAGCCUGCUGGGCGUAUCUUCUUGUUCACCGGUCAGGGAUCCCAGUAUCCCGCAAUGGGAUCCGUGUUAUUCAACACGAACAAGACGUUCAGGGAGAAACUCUUGGUUUACGAGAAGAUGGUCACGCACAUGGGCCUACCAAGCUUCGUUGAAGUCAUAACCAACCCGGAGUAUCUCGAAGAAGCAACUACGACGCAAAUGCAGAUGGCCGUAGUCGCAUUAGAAAUUGGUGUGGCAGAGACGCUUGUCCAUUAUGGCGUCACACCCACGGCUGUGAUGGGUCACAGUUUGGGUGAAUAUGCAGCGCUUUGCAUCGCUGGCGUUCUGUCCGUUGCCGACGCUUUGUAUCUUGUCGGCCAACGUGCCCUGCUCAUGGAGAAACAUCUCACUCCCAAGAUGUAUGCCAUGCUCGCCACUUCGACCGCAGCAGAGAAGCUUGAAUCGGAGUACACCUCGUUAGGCCUAUCAAGCUGCAACAUUGCCUGCAAAAACGCACCUGCGGUCACUGUCGCCAGCGGGACUGUUGAGGACAUUGAGAAACUGGAGGUGCACAUGAAAGCCAAAGGGGCUCGGACCAAGCUCUUGAGGAUCCCAUACGGCUUUCACUCCUCGCAGGUUGACCCCAUCCUCGGCGAAUUCACUGAUGUUGCCUCUGGCGUUGAAUUCAAAGCGCCCCUUGUACCUGUUAUUUCUUCGUACCUAGGCCGGUUCGUUCCCACUGGAGACCAGAAGACGUUUGGGCCCCAGUAUCUGGCCCAGCAAUGCCGGGGUACCGUCGACUUUGUGGGCGCUGCACAGGCAGCGGCGGUGGCUGAGAAGGCUUCUAUCAACAAAACACUGUGGAUCGAGGUUGGACCUGAGCCCAUACUUCUCGGGUUAGUCCGCUGGACGCUGCCAGAUCUUCCCCCAGCAAAUCUCUUGGGGGCAGUCAAGCCGUCCCCAUCUGACGAUAACUGGAGCACCCUAUCGGGAGUUAUCAAGGCCGCUUAUGAGUCCGGGGUGGAUAUCGACUGGCCCGAGUUUCACAGGAACUUCAAGGGCUGUGUACGCUUGCUGGAGCUUCCCCUUUAUGCUUUUGACUUGCGGGACUUUUGGCACGAGCCAUUCAAGCGUCCUGAUCUUCUGCAGAAGGAGGCUGCCAGCCCCGCAGGGAAAGGGGCACACAUUUGCUCAUGCUCGCAAGAGCCGGCCAUCCCGUCUAGACCCCUUUUCCCGCCGUCGUUCCCUGGCUUUCCCACUACAUCUCUCCCGACAGUUGAGAGCGAGGAUAUCAACAGGACCAGUAACGAGAUGUUGGCAGUGUUCUCUGCGGACACUGCCGAACGAAACUUGCUCCAAGCCAUCGAAGGUCAUGUAGUCCAUGGCCAUGUCAUUUGCCCCAUGAGCGUCCUCGUCGAUAUGGCUCUCACCGCUGCCAAGUACUGCCACUUCAGAUUGCACGGCGAGUCCGAAACGCCUGUGAUGUCGGUUACCGACAUCGAAAUGAGACACGCCCUUAUUCUGCACCCGAACUCCAAAAAUCCCGUUAUUCGUGUCAAGGCGGUCAUGCGCAAGAACGAGAGCAAUGUGGCGAUCCAUUUCUCUUGGAUCAAGUUCAAUGGCGAAAAGGCCGACCCCAAGGAGGAGGCGGGUGGUACCUGCACGGUUCAGUUCGGAAAAGAGGAGAAGUGGUCUGCCAGCGUCAACAGUUCGCUGUUCCUUGUCAAAGCGCGCAUUGAUGCGCUUCGGGCUGCCGCCCGCGAGGGCCAGGCGCAUCGGCUACGGAAGCCUGUCGUGUACCGCAUGUUCGCCGAGAACGUGGAUUACUCCGAACAGUUCCGCGGUAUCGACGAGGCUAUUCUUGACUUGGACUGUCGGGAUGCCAUCGCCAACGUCACCCUCUCCCCCGAUACCUCGUCUGGAAAGUUUGUGAUGAACCCCUUUUGGACGGACGCCCUGACGCACCUUGGAGGCUUCUUUCUCAACUCAGGCCUGCGCUACGACCAGCAGGACCUUCUUUGUAUGGCGAGAGGUUUUGAUACGUGGCGGGUUGUGGGCCACGGCAGUGUCAUGCAGCCGGGAAAGACGUACACGAACUACACAUUCAUGCAGGACGUUGAGGGCAAUUUCGUCGUCGGUGACUGCUACAUUUUCGACGAGAACGACAAUCUGGUUCAAACUCUACUUGGCCUCAGGUUCCAAAAGCUCAAGAGAUCUGUGAUGGAUGCGGUCUUUGGUACCGUUCCCUCUACAGAGGGACCUGCUUUGAGACCGUCCAUAAUGAAUCGGCAAACGACUUCGCCCAAGCCUAUCACGUCCAAACCGGCCACUAAAGCUACAGAUCAAACUGUGUUCGCUAUCCGGGGCAAUGAAGAUACGUCCUCAACUCCGUCGUCUCUUCUUACGCCUACGGCGAGCACCUCAAGCAGUAUCGAGGAUGCCAGAAAUCUGAUGGAAAAGAUCCUGUCCAUCAUUGCCAGAGAGGCAGGCUGCCGUCAAGAUGACCUGGUCGAUGAGGCGAUGUUUCCUGACUUGGGCAUUGACUCUCUUAUGGGUAUCAGCAUCCUGGCCGUCAUCAAACGUGAGACCGAGAUCGAUCUGGACUCGACCUUCUUCAUUCAGUUCGAGACCGUAAAAGAAGCAAGAAACGCUUUGGAAGAUAUUCUGGGCGUUGAAAGCGCAGACGAAACGUCGCACCCCGUGGCCGAGUCACCCAAGGUUCCGGACUUAUCGCUUCGACGCCAGCUGCACGAAGGUGCAACAAAGCCAACGAGCAUAUCGGCACAAGGGCUUACUGCCAAACUGGUUCACCUUUCUGGUGCCAAGGCUGAGUCAAACACGAGGCUGUUCCUCCUAGCCGACGAGACAGGGUCGAGCCUCUCAUAUAUUCAGCUUCCAGCUGUUACCUGCUCGAGAGGCAAGCCGGUAUCGGUUUGGGGUGUCGAAUCGCCUUUUACCAAGCAUCAAGCUCUCCUAGCGGGUCAUUCUAUCCAAGAAAUAGCCAAGAUAUGCCUGGAAUCGAUUCGCCAGAAGCAGCCCUCGGGUUCUGGCCCCUUUCUUCUCGGCGGUCUCGGUGCCGGCGCAGCCGUAGCCAUUGAGGUCGCUCGCCUAAUCGAAUCUGAGUCGCCCAGCGACUCAAUCGGCCUCAUUCUCCUCGACCCCUCGGUAACUCCCGCCGGUAUAGAGGCGGCUUCGAGCGCUCCUGGUGUUCGGCUAAAACCAGCACACAGAGAACAUUGCUCCGGCAUCGCGAAGGCGAUGACAAGUUACGCUGAAGCUGCUGGCUCUCUAACUCCGAUGAAGGUUGGAGCAGUGGCGGUCGUGCCAGACUCCGCUGACUCAAGUGACCGAGAUUUUUUGGCUCGAAUCAUGCCUGACAUGCGGAUCAAGACUGUCGGCUCUGUCACUGGGAAGGGUGCGUUGAUGCGUUUUCCUGCUAUAGCCAGCACCAGUAAGAGCUAUGUUGAGGCAGUGAGAGAGAUUGUGAUGUAG